GAGACGGGCAGCGCAAGGGCACGAUGUAGCUCAGGACAGUCUUGGAAUUGCGUGGCCCUGGUUCGGCUUAGGCAUCAAUUGGCACAACCCCAUUGGCAUAUUUUCAAAAUACUUUAAUUUCACCUACGGCACACAACAGUGGUAUAAGUUCUGGCCUCCCCACGUCUCUCCAAACUGAUUACUACUUAUUAUAAUGGCCCAAAACGUUCCAAAACGCAUCGUGCUUAAAUGUCCUGAGCGACAUGGGAAUAUUCAGUAUGAGAUGAUUACAGCCUUCUUCAAGGCACACGCUAUUCAAUUUCCAGAAGACGAUGUCUAUACACAUAUAUUAUUCGAGCCAUCUUCACCUUCCAGCCUGUUCUUCGUUCUCGAUAUUCAUUGCAAGACAAUUCCACAUGUCAAUCUUAGUCAGCUUGAACUUCAAAUCUUUCAAGUCUCUAAAAAUAAACCAUUUGAAUUUAGAGAUCUUGGAGAGUCUGGUCGCGAACAGGCUCGACCAAGAUCUCUGACGACGGCUUGGGGAACAGACAAACGAGUUAAUCAGACGAGUUAGCUGGCGUGCUUCCAAUACAAACAGGACAGUCUCCAGCUAUGUCUGUAUCCUGGGCGUCGCGGGCUAGCGGGAGGUCCCUUUGCUGUCCACUUGCCGGAAUGCAUGUCUGGUUAUUUUGAUUUGCAGUUGCACAACGGUUGAUAUGAUGGCGGAUUUCAUGCUUAGGAUUACGUUGACAAGAUGCGUAUGUCUUGCAAGCCCAUUCACACAUUCUGCUAAAAGAAUGGGGUGAACAACAGUAGUUGGCGCGUGAUUGAUAUAUUGAGAACUUAUAUGGGGCCAAUAUAUACUUUUAGCAAUAAUAAAGGUUGUUUAGGACUCAAGUCCUUUAGCUUGAUUAAUCAAUGAAUGACUGCAAGAUGAGAU